AUGGCAGUUCUCGCUAGGCUACCAACCCGAGACAGAUUAUCAUCGUGGGGCAUGGCGGUGCCUAGAACCUGUGUAUUUUGUCCUGCUGGGGAUGAAACACAUGAUCAUCUUUUCUUCCAAUGUGCUUAUUCUGCUCGCAUCUGGGCUCUCUUCUCCAGGAGACACAAUGUAUCUUCGAUAGCGGAUUUCUCUUCCUCACUGGCCUUUUGUCAUUGGCUACAUGAUGAUCACUCACCAGAUGUCGCGACUGUUUUCAAGCUUCUGUUGCAGGUCUUUGUCUACACUCUGUGGAGGGAAAGAAACGCUAAAAUCUUCAAAGGAGUGUGCAGUUCCAAGGAUGUUCUGUUUGCGUCUAUGGACCAAGCCAUUCGUGACCGCUUACUGAGCUGUCCGGCAACGCGAACUCAAGCGUGCUCACUCCUUCAGUUAUACUUCUGGUUCAUCGAUCCCUACAGCUAG